AUGUGGGGAGGCCAAAUUGUCGAUGGGGGCAUCAAAAUUUAUCAAAUCUGGUGCUGGUGGUUUAGUUCUGUCUUUGAAAAUUUGAGAUUAUUUAGUGAUGAUGCUUUAGAUGAGCUUCAAAGCUUCAGUAAGCUCAAAUCAUUGGAUAUGAAAAAUGAUAUCCUUGAGAAAACAAUGGUGGAAGCUACUCCUCCGAUGAGGGAGCUUUCACUUCUUAUUAAUGCGGCUUCUCAUAUUGAUGAGCCAUUUUUACUGGCUAUAGUGGGCUACGGCAUGACUGAAACUUCUGGCAUUGUUUCAGUGGAGGAUUCAAGAAUAGGUGUUCGAUAUUCAAGUUCUGACUGA